UUCCACUAAAUAUACCGCCAGCAGAUAUAAACGAUUAUUAAAUUAUUAUUAAAAUGACUUCGUUUAGGACUACAGACUCUAAACGAGAAGAAUUUAGAAAAUAUCUGGAAAAGACCGGAGUCCUAGACUGUAUUACUAAAGUCCUGGUGGUGCUGUAUGAAGAACCAGAGAAACCUAACAAUGCUAUGGAUUUCUUGCGACAAAAUUUGAAUGCCACUGGACCUAAGACAGCAGACGUUGAGGCUCUGAAGCUUGAGGUCACUGAACUCAGGCAGAAAUGUGAAAAGUUGCAAGAAGAAAACAAUGACCUCAAAGCACGGCUUCAGCAGCUGGAACCAGCGACUGAGCCAGAGAUUCCAGAAAACUGAACCAGA